AAAUAAAUAAAAAUCAACAAAAGAAAAAGGUUCAUAGGGCAGGAUCCAGAAGAGACCAUGUAUGGGGUUCCAGGUGACCUUUCCCAGUGAAGUCGUACAGAAAAUGCUUAAUGCCUGCAGCAAGGAUGAGUGACAGCAUACACCAAGUAUUGCCACCCAGACAAGCUUGCCAGAGCCUUGCUGUUCGGAGUUUUUACUGGGGGCUGGUCACAUGGAUGUGACCGAUUGCCUGUAUGGCUGACCUAGUUUUUACCCUCUGUGGAGGUACAGCAAUAAUACAUGGUACAAAGCCCCCACCAUAAAUCAGCAUCCUCACAGACUCUUCCAGUGUCCCAUGGCCCCCUGGAGAAUGAAUGAAUGAAUGGGACUCUGCAUUCAUCACCUCACCUGCAGCCAUAACUCACCUGUGUCCCCUGACAGUCCCCUGCUAGCAUUGCCCACCCCCAAGGCUGCCCAGGGUGGCUCCUUCCUGGUUUGGGGCAGGUCCUUAUGCCCUCUGCCCUGCUGCUUUCCCUGAGAAAGGAGAAGUUGGGAGGGGAUCUUUCAGGGCCUUGCGGUUCCCCAGGCUCCUCCUCUGCCAGUGGUCACUGCCCCUCCACCAGGCUUCCUUCCAGAGGAGUUUCCUUCCCAGCCAGGCCAGCCCAGGAGCCAGAUGGUCUCAGGACAGGCCCAGCCCCAGAGUCCAGAGAUGCUGCUGCUGUCCCUGCUGCUGCCCAUGCUGGGGGAGGGGUUCCUGAACCAGGGCUCCAGUUACAGUCUUCAAGUGCAGAGGCUGGUGACGGUGCAGGAGGGCCUGUGUGUCUUCAUGCCUUGCAACCUCUCCUACCCCCGGGAUGGCUGGAAUGAGUCUACUGCCGCUCAUGGCUACUGGUUCAAAGUAAUGACCAACACAUAUACCCGUGCUCUUGUGGCCACAAACAACCCAAAUCAAGAGGUGGACAUGAGCACACGGGACCGAUUCCAGCUCAUGGGGGACCCCGGCAAGGGGAGCUGCUCCCUGGUGGUCAGAGACGCGCAGAUGCAGGACACGGGAGUGUACUACUUUCGGGUGGAGAGGGGAAGCUAUGUGAAAUUCAACUUUAACGGGUUCCAUCUAAAAGUAACAGCCCUGACUCAGAAGCCUGAUGUCUACAUCCCCGAGACCCUGGAGCCUGGGCAGCCAGUGACAGUCAUCUGUGUGUUUAACUGGGCUUUCAAGAAGUGUCCAGCCCCUUCUUUCUCCUGGACGGGGGCUGCCCUCUCUUCUAAAAGAACCAGACCAAGCAGCCCCCACUUCUCAGUGCUCAGCUUCACGCCCAGACCCCAGGACCACGACACCAACCUCACCUGCCACGUGGACUUCUCUAGAACGGGUGUGAGCACACAGAGUACCGUCCGACUCUGCGUGGCCUACGCCCCCAGAGACGUUGUUAUCAGCAUUUCCCGUGACAACACGCCAGCUCUGAAGCUCCAGGAAAAUCUCACACAUCUGGAAGCCCAGAAAGGCCAGUUCCUGAGGCUCCUCUGUGCUGCCGACAGCCAGCCCCCCGCCACGCUGAGCUGGGUGCUGCAGGACAGAGUCCUCUCCUGGUCCCACCCCUGGGGCCCCAGAACCCUGGGGCUGGAGCUUCCCCGGGUGAAGGCCGGGGAUUCAGGCCACUACACCUGCCGAGCGGAGAACAGGCUUGGCUCCCAGCAGCGAGCCCUGGACCUCUCUGUGCAGUAUCCUCCAGAGAACCUGAGAGUGAUGGUUUCCCAAGCAAACAGGACAGUCCUGGAAAACCUUGGGAACGGCACAUCCCUCCCGGUCCUGGAGGGCCAAAGCCUGCGCCUGGCCUGUGUCACCCACAGCAGUCCCCCAGCCAGGCUGAGCUGGACCCGGGGGGGACAGACCCUGAGCCCCUCCCCACCCUCAGACCCCGCGGUCCUGGAGCUGCCUCAGGUUCAAAUGGAGCACGAAGGAGAGUUCACCUGCCACGCUCAGCACCCACUGGGCUCCCAGCAUGUCUCUCUCAGCCUCUCCGUGCACUACUCCCCACAGCUACUGGGCCCCUCCUGCUCCUGGGAGGCUGAGAGUCUGCACUGCAGCUGCUCCUCCCAGGCCAGCCCGGCCCCCUCUCUGCGCUGGUGGCUUGGAGAGGAGCUGCUGGAGGGGAACAGCAGCCGGGACUCCUUCGAGGUCACCCCCAGCUCAGCCGGGCCCUGGGCCAACAGCUCCCUGAGCCUCCGAGGGGUACUCAGCUCCCACCUCAGGCUCAGCUGUGAGGCCUGGAAUGUCCACGGGGCCCAGAGCAGCUCUGUCCUCAAGCUGCCACAAGGGAAUCAGGAGUGGAGGGGAGGACUUGGUCUGGGGGCCGCUCUGGGAGCUGGCAUUGCUGUCCUGCUCUCUCUCUCUUUCUGCCUCGUCGUCUUCAGGGUGAAGACCUGCAGGAAGGAAGCCACCCAGAUGGCAGCCGCUGAGCAGGACACGCCCUCUGCCGUGGGGCCCAUCUCCCGGUUGAGAGCCCAGCCUCUGUCCUCUGGGGCCUUGGCCUUUCCCCUCUCCUGGACGGCCAUGGCCAUGCCUCUUGGGUCACCAGCACAAAUGCCCAGCAGGCAGCUCCCAAGACUGCCCGCCCCCAGGUGCAGCCACCCCCAACCCCGGGGAGGAGCAGGAGCUCCACUACGCCUCCCUCAGCUUCCAAGGGCUGAGGCCUCGGGAGCCUGCGCACCAGGAGGCCCCCAGCACCACCGAGUACUCAGAAAUCAAGAUCCACAAGGGACAGCCCCCGAAGGGCCCGGGCUCUGGGCUUUUGUUGGAAAAGAAGACGUCAGGGAUGCUUCCAAAGUGAAGAGUUCUCCAUGGAAACAGGACACCAGCAAGUGUGUGGGUGUCGCACUGGUAUCGGCCAGAACCGGACUCAGAUUUCAGCCCCAUCCCCCACGAAGAGCUUGAGUUUGAAGAUGACACUUUCUGAGGCAGGGUCUCCCUCUGACUCCCAGGCUGGAGUCUAGUAGUGCAAUCUGGGCUCACUGCAGCCUGGACCUGCCGGGUCAGACUGA